AUGUCUAAAAAGUUGAUCUUUGAUUCGACCUCUACUUCCAUUGUAAAUUUGAUGUGCUCUUGUAAUCUCUUGGAAGAUUUACUGAACGACAAAAAAAUUUACAAACAAAUCAAGAGAGACCCAACAAAUAUUUACCAAAAAAACAACAACGAUAUUGUCGGAAAAUGGGAAAAUAAUCAAUAUAUACCUACAGAAACAGCAAAACGAUUAAUGAUUAGAAAUGCAAUACCUCCAAAAAUGUACGGGUUGCCUAAAUUGCAUAAAGUUCCUCUACGUCCUCUUGUGUCAUGCGUGCAAUCUCCGUUUGAGAAAUUAUCGAAGUACCUAAAGGAUAUAUUAAGUAACAUUGCAUAUAAAAACGAAUAUUAUUUAAAGGACUCGCAACAUUUCAAACAAAAACUUAAAAAUCUCAAAAUACCAAACGGUUACAAGCUAAUAUCCCUGGAUGUUGCUUCACUGUACACUAGCAUUCCUAUCGAUUUGGCCUCACAAAUAAUAAGAAAAAAAUGGGAUCAAAUAAAAAAAUACACUGACAUCCCACAGGAUGAGUUCAUUAAAGGGGUCGAAACAACAUUGAAAUCUACGUAUUUUACUUACGAUAAUAAAAUAUACCAACAAAUAGAUGGCUGCGCUAUGGGUGCGUCAAUUUCCAGCGUUGUGGCUCAGAUAGUAAUGGAGGAUUUAGAAGAAAGUGUAUUGGAAAAACUAGAUAUUCGUAUUCCGUUCUUUUUCAGAUAUGUUGAUAAUUGUUUAACGGCCAUACCAACAGAUUAUAUGGACAGAAUUCUAGAUAAAUUUAACGAAUACAAUAGCAACAUCAAAUUUACAAUAGAAGUAGAGGUCGAAUCAAAGAUCAACUUUUUAGACGUGACAAUUCACAAUAAAAAUGGAAUCCUAAGGACAAAAUGGUUCACAAAAGAGACAUGGUCUUCAAGAUAUCUAAAUUUCAAUUCAAACCAUCCCAUGUCACAGAAAAAAUCUGUUGUAAUAGGCUUAGCAGACCGAGCAAUAAGUUUAUCCGAUCCCGAGUAUAGAAAAAAUGCUACAAACAAAGCGAAAAGCUUUAGAGAAAAACAAUUACCCAAAUAA